AUGCUGGUAUUCGGCCUCAUUGUCGCAGUGCUCUUCUCCGUGGGACCCGUCCAGUCGGAUUCCUUGUACGACAGCAACGAUCCGAUCUUGGAACUUGAUACCGACACAUUCAAUGCCGCUGUUUAUGGAUCUGUGAGUGUUAUUUUUUUCUCUUAUAUUUACUUCUUCUUGGGAAAAAUUACUUUUUUCCAAAGAUCCAAAGUUUUUUUAGAAUUUCAUGAAAGCUUUUUGUUUUUUUGAGUGAAAAAGAACCCUAAGUAUUUGAAAUUUCAACGUUUCAAUUUUUUUCGAAAAAAAUGUCGUACCGAAAACGAAGGAAAAAAACUUUUUUUCUUAUUUACUUAGGGUUUGUAAAAAUUUAUGCAUACAAAAAAAUAAAAAUUAAAAAAAGAAAUUAAACAGUACUUGAUUUGAUAUCAUUUGAAAAAAAUUCUCAAUUUGAAGUGAUUUAAAUCUGAGUGUUGAUUGCUGAAAAAAACUACUAUUGUAGAAAAUAUUCAAAAAUUUUUUUGAGAAAAAAAUAAUAUAAUGAAAAAGCUCAUUGUUCUGUAUAAACCACCUGUUAUAUUUUUUUCCUACUUAGUCAGCGGUACAUAAUCACUGUAUCCCUUCAUUAUAAUUUAUGAAUAGAUUGUGCUAAAAAUAAAAUCCGAAAACCAACUCAUUAAUUUUCAGAAAAAAGCACAUUUUGUCGAGUUUUAUUCAUCAUGGUGUGGAGCUUGUAUAGGAUAUGCUCCGACUUUCAAAAAGUUUUCGAGGUUCACAGAAACGUUCUUUCUUUCGAAGUUUCCCAAUUUUUUAGAGAAAUCUCAACUUGGUCGCCUUUAGUGCAAGUUACGGUUGUAAACUGUGCAGACGACAAAAAUAUGCCGUUGUGUCGGGAGCAUUCGGUCAGCGCCUAUCCUACCCUUAAGGUAUCUUCUGGUUUCUUUUGGUUCGAAGGAUUUCGAAGACUUGAUUUUUUCAGUAUUUCAAAUAUUUAUCUGCAAAUAAAGACGAUGCGAUGAUCUAUCGAGGCGACAAAUACGAUGUGUCAAAAAUGGAACAGGACAUUGCCGGAUUGGUGCAGGCCGAUCAACAGAAACAGAUCCCAGAAACCUGGCCCAUUUUCUCACACAUUUCCGAGUGGGUCCCAAUUUCGAGUUCAUCGACCACAUUUUUAACUUUCUGGUCAUUUUUAGCUUUUUAUAAUCAGUUCUUCAAUGCUUGUGGAGCUUCAAAAAGCUAUAAAAAAUUGCUAAAAAUAAUCAACGAUUUAAAAUACUGAAAAAGUUGCUGAAAGAUCCGUAAUAUUCUAAUAGUGUUACUAAAACCCUCUUUGAAUCUUUUUCUUAAGAUUAACGGUUAACAAAAAUAUUUAAGCUUCUUCAAUAUGCGUUUCUUGACCGACUAAUAAAUUUUUUUCUAUUGUUAGCAUAAUCUGAUUGCUUUUCCUGAAAAAUCUUAACUUAUACUAACUUAUUUCAAUAUAAUAUAUCAUUUCAGCGCAACAACUUUAACGGAACUGUUUCAAUCAAUUGGUAGUACUCCCUACCUUUCCAUCAUUUCUCAGGAAAACCCAGCCACAAUCGCGUGGGCGGUGAGCUUUUUUCUUUCACACAUUUUCCGAAUUUUUCGUUUUUAAUUUUAAUUUUAGAACAUUAUAAACUAUCACGGUAGCUCAAGCGUCAGAGUCGCUUCUAUCAGUCCGAAACAUCCUAUCGCCACACAGUUCUUUGGCUCAGAGGCUGAAAACAGAGCUCUUCUGUUCUCAACUGGUAACUCGGAGCCUUUGUGGAAAAGCUCGUGAGUUAUACUUGAAAAAUCCAAAAGUUUCAAGUGGUUCUCCCUUUAGAGCAUUAACCAAAUGGACAGACGUAGAGCAGAAGAUCAACGAGACGCUUGUCGAGAAUGGAACGCAACCUCAAGUCAACGCUCCUGCACAAGUUCAAGUAUAAAUUAUAUUUUUCCACAAGUGUUACUUCACCCUUUGAACCUCCACCUUUUUUGAAAAAAUGCCGAAAAGCGCAAAAAAGGUUUUGUCGGCCGCAUUAAAUGUAUCUAUAAAUUCACAUUCGGUGAAAACUCGAAAACUUCCGUCCUUUUUCUACAGUAUUGGAACAUUUCAAAUAUUGUGGAAAACGUUUUCAGCCAACUCUUGCGGCUCCUGCAAAGGCUGAUCAUCGUCAAUAUGAAGUUCAGUUGACCGACAUUCAAAGCGCCAUGAGUUACAUGCUUUACAAGGUUCUAAACAGAAUAUCUAAUGUUAAUAUCUAUGUUUUUGAGGAAAUACCGAGAAGAGAAGAAAUCAGCGGAGAGCCACUUGCCGCACUGAAGCAAUGGAUCCAUACGUUGAAAAAAGUUUUUUUUUUCUCACGAAAAGAGGAACAUUUGUAAAAUAAUCAUUUCAUUUUGUAGUACGCACCGGGAACUACACCCAUGCGACGGCUGUUCUAUCGAUUGGAUGAAUGGCUGCAGCUGCAAUCAACGGUCACAUCCGAUGCCUGGACUUCGAAAGUCGACGAAAUACAGGUUUUCCUUUUUUACGUCCCGGUUCCAUUGCAAACAAAUCAGUUACAGCAGUCGUUGGGAAACCCGUUGCCCAAGGAAAUUUAUUGGAUUUCCUGCGGAGGAUCAAAACCAAACCUCCGCGGUUACACUUGUGGCCUUUGGACCCUCGCCCACACAGUUUCCGCUGAAGCCUACAAGUCGGAGAAAGACAGUCAGUUUCAUUUAAGCCACAUGAACAACUGUUUUCUUCAAACAGAUGUCGCUUUCAAACCAGUUAUCGAUGUGUUGGAACCGUUCCGCGCAUUCAUCUUCCACUUCCUCAGCUGCUCUGAAUGCGCGCAAAACUUUACGAAAGAAGCGGAAAAGCAUCAGCUUCACUUGGUUACUCGUGCAGGUUUCUUAUUGUUUUAAUUUUGCUUUUUUUUGUUCAUAGUUCAUUCACAUUCACUGUUUUCUUGCUGCUGUCUUAAAAAAAUGGGUCUUCUGUAGCUUUUUUGCGAACAGAGCAUUUAAAAUUUACUUCCGUUGAAACAGGAAAUAAUCAUUUUUUUGAGCUCAAAAUUAUUUGAAUGGUCGGAAGUCCCGGUAUAUAAGAAAAUAGAAUGAAUGCUCAUUAGAAAGAAAUCAUCCCUGUUUGAAAUUCGGAAGUUAAGCUCAAAAUUGCAGAAGACGUGUACGCUUGGCUCUGGAAAGUGCACAACUUCGUGAAUGCUCGGUUGUCGGGAUCUCCAUCCGACGAUCCAGCAUAUCCCAAGCAGCAGUUCCCACCUAAAGUUUGAUGUCUAGGAAGAAAAAUCUUAUUCCAAUGUUCACAUUCAGUCCAUAUGUCCAACUUGCUAUGAUGCUAACGGUGUGCUGGAUGAAGCACAGACGUUGCCUUUUGUUUUGGAUUAUUACCUAAAUAUUAAGCAAGAUACAGUGAAGGUCAGACACCACCAACGUUUUUUUUUGACAGGUUUUUUAGACACCGCCAGGUUACAAGUUCACGGAGUACAAAGACGGGAAAAUGGUAGCGGCUGGUUCGCGUCAUUUGAACCCCAAGUUUGCUGUUCACGCUCAAAAAGUAUGUCGCUCAAAAUCAUUUAGCGCAAAAUUUUUUUCAAAGCCAAAAAAUACAUCACUUUCGGCUAAGAAAAAAACCCUGGAACUUUUCAGAUGGUUUAGAAAGUUUUGAUUUUUUUUUUUUGUUCAGGUUGAUAAAUUGGAAGAUGCUGAGAAGCUGCGAAAAGAACUGGAUGCAAGCCCACAGAGAAAUUGGAAAACGCUUAACGGCUAUGGUGAGACCGCUAUUUCCUCAAAAUAUUGAUUAUCCUCUCAGAUAAUGUCGAUGGAGGAGUGGCCACCAGUCGGGCUCAUCUCUACUUCAUUUGGCUGACAAUUAUUGGUUGCGCGCUCAUUUUUCGUUUAUUGCAAGUAUCGGCGAAACCGGUCCAAGUUCUGGAAAACAUUUUACUACCACAACGACUUCAAACUGUGAUUACUUUUUUUAUAAUUUCUAAUUUCCACAGUAUAUUUGAAACUAAGGGUUCUAAAAAGAAAAGGCAUCUCCCUCCACUUAAUCAAUGUUGGCCGCAUUUGCAUGUCAUUUUGUACUUGUCACGUCCGUGUUUGGUCUAUUUUAGGCGGUUCUCGCGCUAAUUUGCCCCACGGCGCAGCUAGUCAAUUCGUCUUCUUCGAAACAGAAAUUAUAUUUCAAUUGUGAUACGAAGAGGCACAAACGUUCUGGGUUUUCAUUUGCCGGUUCUUCUUUUUUUUUGUUUUAUAUGGUAGCGGUGCGUUUGAAGGUUGUUUCCCCUAAAUUAUGUGUAUAUGGCGGGCAAAUUAAUCAAAAAUUCUGGAUAAAAAAAGUCGAAACUCGUUUUACUUGACAUUUACAAAUCUUUGAAAUACGUUGGUGUUUUUUUUUCCGAAAAUUUCGAACAUAGCGUCAUUGAAAAAAACGUUUGUUUUAUCAGAGGAAAGUUUCCAGAAGGAACAUCAGAAAGAUUUUUUUAAAUGAUUCCAGCUUGCUGAGCCGCAAUCUCCUCAAGUCAAGCAUAUCUUGCACUUUUUUGAUAUUUCGAUCAUAAUUUUCAAUAUCAGAAUAAGUUCAUCCUCUUGUUCUGUUUGAAUCAAUCACUUAGUUUUUGCAUGAGCUCAAAUUUGCAAUUCACGUUGUUUCCCUCUUUGUAAAAAUAACUUGUUUCCGCCUUUUACAUGUCCGUCUCUUCAAUAAAUUAUUUAUAUUCUUGUGCUUUUUUUCAUAGCGAAUUUAACAACUAAUUUUGAAGUUUGUUUUGAGAUGGAGGGAGAUCAACCUUUUUUUUGAAUUUAAGACUCAAUCAAAAACUUGAGUUUUGAUUCAAAACAAAUAGCAAUUCGAUGUAGGAAAAAAGCUUGUCUUCAGAUGUCCAUGGACGUCUACGGUUACAAAAAGGAACGUCGUAUAACUUCUUGGUUACAAACUGUGACGAGUUCGAUCUCAAAACUCAAUUCAUUUCUUUCUUUUUCUUGAAGUUUUUGCGGUUUUUAUUUAUUUCAAAGUGCUGAUGCAAAAUUUACGUUUCGAAAAGUGUCGUUCAAAUAAAACUGGUUGCUUGAGAAAAUUGUAAACACGGGAGCAAUAAAGUUGAAAAAAAGGUAAUUUCAAGGAAUCUCCUUCAAUUCCUCUGUUAAUUUGCACGGAAUUUUUCUGAAAGUUGACAAGAAUUGUCUUUGCUGAACCAAAUGAAAAUUUAAAAAUUAUGUAAAGGAAAAAAAUGCUUGCGUGUUACGAAAAAAAGUAGAAUAUAGAGUCACUAAAUGGCGCGGUUAGCCGACUUUUUGCUGGAUUUCUCCACGUUACUUUCGAAGGGUUAGACAAUUUUUUUCGGUCGUUUUUUUCUGGGUUCCAAUCCAAUUCAUCAAGAAGAUCCAAAUCUUUAUUCGAAGUGAUUUUUCCUUGUAAAAAAAUUGAUACUAAAAACCAAAAGAAAUUCAUUUUGAAGUAUUUUUGGAUUCAGACACGCCUGGAGACAUUAAAUGCUAG